GCGGGACCAUAAUGCUGUGACCAAGUCAUCACAGGUGGCCGCAGCGGCAUCCUAUCUGAUACAGGCACUUCCAUUGCUUAGACGCACCAUAGCAUGCGGUAUACAUAUAAUGCGCAUUGCUGAUAUGAUUAUACCCUGCGGCUGUUCAGAGUUCUGCUUCGACGACAGUCAUGCCUACGCUCAUUCCCCUUGAUAAUUUCUUGGGCGCGGCCUUCAUAGGUAUAAUACUCUCAACUAUGCUUUAUGGCGUGUCAUGUCUGCAGACGUGGUUGUACUAUACGCAAUACAGCAAAAGCGAUAGCUUGCGGCUGAAGCUCUUUGUUGCCCUCGUUGUCAUCUUGGAUACCUUGCAUGUUGCGCUGAUAUCGACCGCAUACUAUCACUAUACGGUGACGAACUAUGGGGACUAUGGAACACUUGAUACAGUGACGUGGAGUAUUGCGGUUCAAAUAUCUUUCGGAGGCCUUGUGGGGUUGCUGGUUCAAUUAUUCUUUGCAAUGAGGAUCUAUGUCUUGGGCAAGCGACGGCUGUUAAUUCCUGGAAUCAUCGGGUUUCUUGGCGUCGUUGAGCUAGGCUGUUCCAUAGCAUACACCGCUGCUGGUUACAGCGAUCGCUACUUCUCUGUGUCUGGCAAGGCAGGACAUGCGAAUGCAUACACGAGUACAGCACUGACUGCUAACAUUGUGUGUGACUUAUUGAUCGCGGGAUGUACUGUGUACUAUCUGCGGGAGGGUCGAACGGCUUUUUAUCGGACAAACAAAGCCGUCACUCUUCUGAUGACCUAUGCACUCAGCACAUGUGUUCUCGCCAUGAUCUUCAGCUUUGUCUGUCUCAUCACCUGGGUCACACUGGGCGAAGGGCUGAUAUACGCUGUAUUCUAUUGGAUACUGAUUCGAAUCUAUCCAUGCUCUUUCCUAUCGACCUUGAACUCUCGAGAGGCUGUGAGACGCGCUUUCCAGGAAGACAUUCCAGCCCGCGAGCUCAGCAGCCUUGAAACGCAAGUUGACAGUCCAGACAAGGACAAGGACCCUCCCGAAGCGGCCCGAACGAGACCGUCGUCGAGCCGUACUUUUGGCCCCUUUACUCCCAACACCCCGCUUCCUGUGUACCGCCUCGCAGAAGACGGUCGAAACUCGGGUCGUAUCAUAGCGUCCGCUGCGAAUACUGCAGUGUAGAAGCUGCAGUAUAGUACGUGCUUGAGUCGAACCUAAUUUGUACUGCGUGGAAGUCGAUGACUUCCACGACGUCUCUCCUUCAAAGACUUAGGACUCCUUACGCAGGUGUAAAGUUUGAGCAUAUAUGUAUAUCCUAAUAUAUUCACGAUGAGCGCCGCC